GCUGUGGCUGCGCAGGCAGCUCCGUCUGCCGUCGUAACCUCACCUCACCGAGCGGCGAGCAGCUCGAGAUCGAGAGUUUACCGCCAUGACCCGCUGAUCGGCACCGCUGAGUUAUCAAUAUUCAAGGAUUGGCGAGCUUCGUGUGCGCGAUUGUUUACGUCGCUCGUUAUGGAAUGGUAUAAUACGUCGGUGCUCGAGAAAUACGGUCGUCGCAGUAUACGAGAGCCCUUUCAGUCGGUCAGAAUGGCUCGAUGUUAACCAUUAAAGCAAGCACAAGAGGGGACCGUAUCAACGCCGCGGCGCCGUUUCCUUAUCAAGCAUGUGAGCCUUCUUCUGGAUUCACAUUGCGACGUCACGCAUAUAUACACAGAGAGAAAAAGAUAUCUGCAUAUGCAUAUAUGUGUUGUGUAUAUAUAUAUGUAUAUAUAGAUGACUGUAAAUAAUGGUGUUUUGGGCCGUUGUUUAUUCGCUGGCGUUAUUCCUGCGCUUCGGUUCCCUACAAGCAAAGCCAGAGUCGCAAGGUUACUGCGCCCCAUACAGCGGCAAGAUAUGCAAGAAGUACCUCAGUGGCAUCGGGAAGGUAUGGUUUAACGACUCCAAUGACAAUCCUGGAGGAUGGCUGAACGAGAAGAUCACAGCGAACCUCUGGGAAGAGCUGAUAGAGAGGCUACUGGAGCCAUGUCGCUCAGCUGCAGAGAAAAUGCUCUGCAUGUAUGCGUUUCCCCUGUGUCACGAAUCUACAGGCCUACCCCUCUGCUACGAAGACUGCAUGGCUGUACGUCAACAAUUCUGCUUCAACGACUGGGCGAUUAUUGAGGACAACAAGCAGAGAGACAUUUACAUUCGCUCACGUGGACACUUUGUGCUACCGGAAUGCGAGAGUUUGCCCAAAGUGAACAAGGAGACACCUACUUGUUCGCACGUACACCUGACUGACAUGGACGACGAGGUCGUCACUUACGAUUGCAUCAAAGACAAAGGUAGAUUCUACAUGGGGAAGGUCAACAAGACCAAAUACGGUUUAGACUGCCAAUCGUGGAGCGUGCAGAUACCGCAUAGUCACGAUAAGCCGCCCGACGUCUUCCCGCAGAUCCGUCAGGGUGAAAAUUACUGCAGAAACGCGGGCGGCGACGAGCCGAUGCCGUGGUGCUUCACAACCGAUCCUUCAAUACGCUGGCAACAUUGCGAUAUUCCUGUAUGUGAUAAUGUUACAACUAAAGUGGAAAUCGAACCAAAAGACAUAAUGAUGGACACUCUAUUUAAUAACACCCUGGUACUCAUCCUGGCAGCGUUGGGAUUUGUAAUUGUAGCCGGUGCGCUAUUGUCUAUCCUGCUGAGUCAAAGACUGCACAAACGUCAUCGAGGGUACAAUCCGACCGAUAAUCAAGACGUGAACAUCGAUCUAGAUAAGUUGCCGAACAACGAAGCGUAUCACAAAACGAGCGCGCAGUUGAAUCCCAAGUUGGAGAAGCUGGAGUUCCCGCGGAACAACAUCAUCUACAUGCGAGAUCUAGGUCAGGGGGCGUUUGGCCGCGUGUUCCAGGCGAAAGCGCCGGGACUGGUCGCGGGCGAGGAGUUCACAAACGUCGCCGUGAAGAUGCUGAAAGAGGAGGCAUCGGAUGACCUGUUGCGGGACUUCGAGCGGGAGGCGUGCCUACUCGCCGAGUUUGAUCAUCCGAACAUCGUGAAGCUGCUGGGCGUGUGCGCGCUUGGACGGCCGAUGUGCCUGCUGUUCGAGUACAUGGGUCGCGGCGAUCUCAACGAGUUUUUGCGCUCUUGUUCGCCCAGCAAUUAUGUCAUCCGUGUGCCCAGCGCGGACGAGGGUGGCCCAACGACGAGCGAGCCCUCGCACCUCUCGCACAUGGAUCUGAUCAACAUUGCGGUGCAAGUGGCAUCCGGCAUGGUGUAUCUAUCCGACCGGAAGUUCGUUCACCGCGAUCUAGCAACGCGCAACUGCCUGAUAAAUGACCAGAUGAUCGUCAAGAUCGCCGACUUCGGCCUGUCGCAGAAGAUAUACUUACAGGAUUAUUAUAAAGGGGACGAGCAGGACGCCAUCCCCGUCAGAUGGAUGCCACUGGAGAGUAUACUCUACAACAAGUAUACCGUCGAGUCGGACGUGUGGGCGUUCGCCGUGUGUCUCUGGGAGAUCUUCAGCUUCGCGCUGCAGCCGUACUACGGGAUGACGCACGAGGAGGUAGUCAAGUAUAUCAAGGAGGGCAACGUGCUGCGCUGCCCGGACAAUACCCCGCAGUCGAUCUACGAUCUGAUGAAGCUCUGCUGGAAUAGGCGGCCGUCCGAUCGGCCUACCUUCCGCACGAUCUAUCAAACUCUCGACAGCAUCAAGCAGGAUUUGGAGGCGGAAUGUAAGUCGGACAGCGUCCCGCUACGCAUUCGCGUAUGAAUGUAAUAAUAAUGGGUAAUAAUCGAUAUUUCUCUUUCUCUUUCACACUUUCGCAUAGCGUGAAAUUUGUACAAUUUGAAAGAAAAGAAAAAUAGAAUUGUUUUUGUUUAUUUUUCUCGAAAAUGAUGCCUCUUAAUGAGAAAGAUUUAUUUUUAUAUAUUCGGCUUGUUUCUUCGCAAGAAAUCACGCUCUUUUUUAUUAUAAUGAGCACGCGGAUACUUUGUAUAAAUAAUCAUGAAAUUGAUACGCGGAAUUACACGUUAUGCUUUUAUUUGUGUGCAACUAAACAGAAUGUUGUUCUUCUGGAUCGGACAAAUUUCACCCUGCGCGACGAUCAAUUAAGAGUAAGAAACAUCACUUUGUGUGUACCUACUACUUACUCUUUGAUUACCUUUCCAGCUAAGUAACUUAAUAUUGUAUAUCAUGAGUGUGAUGUGGAAUGCCUGCCUUCUUAGUUGGAUCCGCUUCGAUACUGAAUCAAUUAUCAGUUGCGAGAAGUGAGAAAAGGACCAAUGUAUAAAACGGAGGCGCGAUAUAUUACACGUUAAUUUCAUCUUCUAUUUCGUCUAAA